AUGAGAACGAAGUCGGAGUUGGCAUCGGAGUUGGAGUUGGAGAUGACGGAGAAGCUGACCAGCGGCUGUCUUCUUCCCCAGGGUGUCCAAUACAACAUUUUUUUUGGAAAGUUUAUUUGUCAAGCAAACUUCUUGCACACUUCAACAAUUAGAAUAACGCAAAGAAAAACAGAGGAAGCAUUGACCGAAGAAUGUUCGACAACAAUUGUGGUGGAGAUGAAGACAUUAAAUACUUCAUUUAAAGACAGCGGGAAAGUUAAAUUGCAGAAAUCGCAAAACUUUACUAUCCACAAGCAAAAGUAAUGGAAUUGUGUAAUUAACGAGACUCCUGGGUAAAGACUUGAUGAAAUGCUCCACUUCCAGUGAAAUCAACUCACAUACGUAAUCUCACACA